AUGGCUGAUUCUGGAGACAGAUGGAGAGGGUCACGUUCUAGAAGUGGGGCUGGUGGACGUGGUUGGGGACGUGGAACUGAAAGUGGACGCGGGCAAAACAGACAGAGAGGGGGGAAUUUCGGUGCAAGAGGCAGCACAACCGGUCGAGGAGAAAGACGGAACACAAGAGGCGAAGGAGGCAAUCUUCAUCGAGGCCGAACCCGGCUCUGUCGAUUCAUCGAGCAUGGAAAGCAUUGUCUAUAUGGCGAUAACUGUUCCUUUUCCCACGAUACCGCCAACACCAGCAGCAGCAGUUCCACUGGAGGUUUGGCAGACACCCCGGAACAAUGUAGAGAUAGAGAGGACUACCAUGGGUGGAAGAGGCUCAUCAAGAGACCUCCUAUGCCAAAUGACCUGCACACGAUUGGAAUGAUAUGGCAGGGUGCGCUCAAGAUUUUGGAUGAAGGAGACAGAAAUUGGAAACAAAUGGUCCCGCGAGAUCUUGAUUCGGAGGAGAAUCAUGGUCGCGAUCACAUGGAUUCUCUCUUGAGCAUGAGCUCUAACGAUCAUGGGCAAACUACCUUCGUUACACUUGCGCAACCCUUUCUUUCUGUUUUCACGCAUUCAGCCAUGUUAGAUUGUCUAUCCGUGGAUACAUUCGUCGGAAACCUUUACAGUUUUAUCAGUGGCACCAACGGCUCCAGAGUCAUUCCUUUCCUGACGCGUCUUUGCACAAACUUGGCUAAUGCGUACGGUAACGCUGAGAUAUCAAAAGAUUUUGUGGAAACUGCACUUGCUGCGACGCUGAUACUGUUACGAGAGAUUUUGAAGAGGGAGCAACGAGCUGCCUUCCACGAGGGGCUUCCAGAUCUCAUUAACUUCGUGGAAAACACCGCAGACACAACGGGGAUUGGCAAGGCAGACCGUGUUCAUCAUAUAAUUCUCAAUCAGAGUAGAGAGAUCCGAGCCAUCAUAGCACGUGUAAAUGGCCUGCUCCCGAGCGUACCAGCACCCACAGUGGAUGGGGUCUCGACCACUAUCCUCAAGUAUACAUAUCCUCGACAAGUCAUCGUGCCAGGAGGAAAACACGACAAUGAUCAUGGAGACAUCACAAAAAUCAAGAUUCUUCCCACUGAAGAUGAGAUUCGAAGCGAUGAGCCAGAGUUUUUACCCACAACCGAUCUUGAUCAACCACACUUUCUCAAUGACCCAGUUGCACGUCAUCUUGAUACACAAUUCCGCUUGCUUCAUCAUGACAUCUUCGGCGAGCUGAAGGUGGCUCUCGCAGGGUUGAUCCACUCCAUCACUGAUGACCCAAAGCUGCUUGAAUCUUGGAAGCUGAAUCUUGGGGAUAUGCGGGCGUAUGCUUAUCCUAAUGCCUACCUUGCCCAUGUCUCAAACGAAAAUAGAGAUUUCGAAGCUCAUGUUUCUUUCAGCCAAAUCCAGGCGCUUCUGAAGAAGACGGCAUCCCAAAGGUGUGAAUGGUGGGAUAAUUCUUCACGCCUUGAAGAAGGUGCUUUGCUGUGUUUUGUUUCGUCGAUAGGCAACAGGACCUCCCUGCUGUUUUUGACAGUGAGCAAGAAAUGCACCAACGCUAAGAAGGACCGUAGCUUAACUUCUGAUGAUUGGAAAUCGACUAUUGUUACAAAGCUUGCCACGCGCAGUCAAUCGGACUUGGAGACUAUGAUCAAAUUCAGCUGCCAGGGUACACGGGGAGCUUUAAUUGACUUUCCUGGAAUAUUGCUCGCCACAUUUGUUCCUAUCCUGGAGAACCUUCAGACCAUGUAUCGCUCCGGCCGCUUGCCGUUCCAACAGUGGAUUUUACCAAACCGACAAACUCAUAAGUCCGCUAAAGCUACGAAUAUCCCUCCUCCACUCUACGCCAGGACGCACCGAUUUUCAUUUUCGCUAGACUCUAUCUUGGAACCAGCCGGUUUAGGGAGUGGGCUAUCUUACAGCCCUGAGGAUGGAUAUGAAGCUAACAGUGCAGGUGUACUGAGCGAGAUAGAGGAACGAACAUCACUUGAUCGUGCCCAGUGCGAAGCACUUAUCGCGGCGCUCACUCGUGAAUUUGCCUUGCUCCAAGGUCCACCAGGAACUGGAAAGACCUAUCUCGGCGUCAAACUGAUGAGUGUUAUUUUAGCUUGUAAAGCAAAGGCAGACCUAGGACCUGUGGUUGUUGUAUGUUACACAAAUCAUGCAUUAGAUCAAUUUCUUGAACAUCUCAUUGAAAUUGGUAUUGAUAAAAUCAUUCGCAUUGGAGGGCAAAGUAAGUCGAGCUUGCUGGAGGGCAAAAAUUUACGCGUUGUGGCUCAAGGAGAGGCCAAAACAAAGUCCGAGGGUUACCUCCUUGCGCAAUCUUACAGACGGCUUGACGAAGACCAGCAGCAGAUUAACUCUCUUUUGGGAUUAUUACAUGCGACCAAGAAGAAGCCAGAAUGGGUAAAUCUGAAGCAUCAUAUAGAGAGAAGACAUCCACGCAUCUUCACUCAAUUUUCUCGAUUUGAUGAGGAUGGCUUUGAGACUGUCGGCAAAGAACCCUUUCAAAAGGUAUUGGCGGCAACAUCUCUCAGCUUCACCUCAAAGCCAGGCAAAACGUCCAUAGCCUCUCGAAGGCUGAACGCUAUCGACUGGUGGAAUCUUGGUCACGAAAUCCGCGAACAACAAGAAAACAUACACGGGGAGAUUAAUAGAAGAGUUCUCCAGACUGCAGAUGUCAUUGGAGUCACCACUACGGGCUUGGCCAGAGGUAUUUCAGUUCUCCAGCGUGUGCAUUCCAAGAUCAUAAUCUGCGAAGAAGCUGGGGAAGUUAUGGAACCUCAUAUGAUAUCCGCGAUGCUUCCCUAUGUUGAACAUUUCAUUCAAAUUGGGGACCACCAACAGCUGCGCCCGCAGAUCAACAAUCAUGGUCUAUCAAUUGAAAGCAAACGAGGCAAUCCUUAUCAGCUUGACCGCAGUCAGUUUGAACGUCUUUCAAUGGGAGAGACAGGUAGACCGGCGUUUCCAGUGGCCCAGUUAAACGUUCAACGGCGAAUGCGCCCUGAAGUUUCAACUUUGAUUCAGUCAACUUUAUAUCCGCGCCUGAUUGACCAUGGGACAACUAAAACUUUUCCCGAUGUUGUAGGGAUGAGAGAAAACGUUUUCUGGCUUGAUCACACGAACAUGGAGGAGCAACCUAGCGCAGAUCGGCAUCAGAAGUCGCGAAGCAAUGACUGGGAGGUUGACAUGAUACAUGCGCUGGUUCGCCACAUUGUUCGCCAGGGGGUAUAUAGCAGCAGUCAAAUCGCGGUCCUCACACCUUAUACCGGACAACUGCAAAAGCUACGAGCAAAAAUGCGGAGCGACUUUGAGGUUGUCCUGAGUGAACGCGAUGAAGAGAAGCUUACCCAAGAUGGGUUCGACCACUAUGAAGAUGUAUCCGCAGCCGAAGAGUCUCAGACAAUAGAGAACAGAAGCACGCCUUUGGAGAAGAAGAAACUGAGCGAGAUGCUUUGA